AUGCGAUUUUCAUACUCCACGACACUUGUACUGGGCCUCUUGGCUUCAGGGCCAUUGGCACUUGUUACCAACACUCAGAAUGACUUGGAUAUUCUUGAUCGUGGGUCCCUCGACAUCUCCGCAGCCGCAGAUACGCAGGAUAUCAGUGCUCCAUAUAUCUCUCGUGAUGCCUCCAGACGUCGCAAAGCGUCAGGGCUACUAUCACCCCUCGCGCAUCUCGUUCAAAGCCGAAAAGGACCGUCCACGUCCAAUCCGUCAGGAAAGAAGCCGACCCUUCCUAAGCCGGGGUCUGCUGAAGCUGCCAAGAACAUCCAAAAUCUGCAAACAAAGGGCAACGGCUAUCGAAAUGCCCUGAAGGAUGCCAUCGAUACAGAGGCCGCUGAUACCGGGCCAAAAGAUGCGGUUGUCGGUGAAAGCCCAAACGGCCGUGGUUACAAGGAGAGUAUUGAUGCAAUGGAGGAUGUCGACAAAAUGGACCUAGGCUACCUCGCUCCGUACGGGAUUAAAAUCAGAGAGAGGACAAAAGAUGAUUGGAAAACCAGAACUAUCUACACGGAGGAAAAGGGAAAGCCUACGAUCCAGCUCUCGGGCAGCGCGGAACAGAAGACUAUGGUGGUGCAGCACAGCUACGGCCAAGCCUACGACACCCUGAAGGGCUCUACCGGGGCCGAUUGGACACACCUGUUCUACGACAGCCUCAAGUCCAUGUUUGACAACAUGAAAGACCUUGAAUAUAUCGUCCGAGAUAAGAUCUCCGACAAGAUCAUCGAGGACAGCAGCGGCAACCUUUUACAGACCAACGAUGCCAUUCGUUACGCCUUUGAGAAACUAGGAAAGAGCACUGAAGAGAAGUUGGUUCUCGAUUUUGCCUCGAAAGACCCUAAAGUGGUCGACGCCCUCAGCUAUCUCAAUGCCCAGACCCAUGUUGCCCGCGUUUUGCAAUUCCUCAAGGACUACCGCUCUGAGCUGGGCAACAAGCAGAUUUCCAAGCUCCAUUUAUACACCGAUGAGAAUGAAGAGACAGCGGAUUGGGCCAUAGUCAUUGAGCUCACAAAGUAA